UUUUGGAGCGUGUACCGAGCAAUAUACCGUCAGUUGGAGGACGAACGUUGAAGCUUCUUGUACACUGCACAACAGAGUGUGCACUUAACGAAAUAUAAUUCGACUCGUUUACAGAAAAAAUAAUUGAAAAUGAGUUCCGUGGAUGAGGAUCUAACACCUGAGCAAAUUGCAGUGCUGCAGAAAGCUUUUAAUAGCUUCGAUCACCAGAAAACCGGUAGCAUCCCUACGGAAAUGGUGGCGGAUAUUCUGCGGUUGAUGGGCCAACCCUUCGAUAAGAAAAUUUUAGAGGAACUCAUCGAAGAAGUGGAUGAAGAUAAAUCAGGUCGCCUGGAAUUCGAAGAAUUCGUACAAUUGGCUGCCAAAUUUAUCGUCGAGGAAGAUGCUGAAGCCAUGCAAAAGGAGUUGCGCGAAGCAUUCCGUUUGUAUGAUAAGCAAGGCAACGGUUUUAUUCCAACAACAUGUCUAAAAGAAAUCCUGAAAGAGUUAGACGAUCAAUUGACGGAAGCUGAGCUCGAUAUAAUGAUCGAGGAGAUCGAUUCGGAUGGAUCUGGCACGGUGGACUUUGAUGAAUUCAUGGAAAUGAUGACAGGAGAGUAAAAAAAUAUCCGAAAUCAUCUGAAAAGUCGCCGUCUCUUAGCUGAACGAUUGGUCUUUGGAGAACAAACUGAAGAUGCCGGCAGACAAUUUUGUAAUCUACUUACUUUGCAUGA